AUGGGCAAACUUACUUCCACCAUCGGCAUUCCCAUCAAGCUGCUCAACGAGGCACAGGGCCAUGUGGUUACUUUAGAACUCACGUCCGGUCAAGUGUACCGAGGAAAACUGCUCGAAGCUGAAGACAACAUGAACGUCCAACUAAAGGACAUCACCGCCACAGCGCGCGACGGCCGGGUGUCGCAUCUUGAUCAAGUCUAUAUUCGAGGAAGCCACGUGCGCUUCUUCAUCGUUCCCGAUAUGCUUCGAAAUGCGCCCAUGUUCAGAUCGAGGGGUACGAGAGGCCGCGGUGUUGGUCUGGCAAGAGGAAGAGCUACAGUCAACCGGGCGCGCGCUGGAAGGAGGAAUUAA